AUGGCUAUAGCUCCUUGCCGGCCCCACGACCACGAUCGCGCACAAGCGUCGGAGACACAUACUUUUCGCAAAAGUGGUGGAUCUGCCACUGGCGUUGGCUUGCCUGGCGCGAUUGACACGUUUGGCCAUGCUGCUGCUGCGAUCCACGGCUUCUACAUUCGCUUCUGGUUAUUCAGGCGUUUCCAUUACUUGCAAACGACCACGCAUGUUAAAACUAUCCCCGGACAAGACGGAUACAUGGAGCAGUUGAAGCUGAACAAAACGGGCGGCUUGGUGGAGUUGAACAACGUUGAAAGUUUGAACUUCUAUGCACAUGGCCAAGGCAUUGCGAACGUGACGAGUCAAAAAUUCGUCCCAGCUGGUAAUGACGUGUAUACCAGAAGCCGUCACCCAUUCACAAAACUUGAGGUGGUUUACAGCAAGACUCCCGCCACCGAGUCGCCAAUCUCAGCCAAAGUCAGCUUCUGCGAUGUCCACACCGCCAGUUCGCCGCAUGUGCAUUCCCCCCGCCCUGGCCAAGAGUACCAAUGUCGGACAAAAUCGGUUGCAGAGCCAUCUUAUCCCACACUCCCUCAGGCCAACUUCUACUGCCUCCCGACCAAGUACUCGAAAGUCACAUUUGACGGCAUCUCACAUCUGAGGGGCUUGCUGAGUCAAGUCUCUCUAGAUACGACAACUCAUUUCAUUAGCUGUCCAAGGGCUAACUCGACAACGUCAGGACACGUUCUUACUCAUCUCAAAGUAUCCACCCUAAUCGAGCACGCGACCGCUCAAACCGUUGUUUUGCGGAUCCUAACACCAAUCAUUCGUAUCUUUCCCGACUAUGACGACUUCCCAGCGGAGGGGGGUCGAUUGUUGCCUGGCAGCCGAGCAAGUUUCCGAGUAUCCUCCAGGCGCUUUUGCGAUCGGACGCUGGGAACUGUGAGGAUGUGGAUUGAUGCGGAUUGGCGUAGGGAAAGGAGGGUACUCAGGGAGGGGAGAUGCCUCGGACUGGUGGUCAGCUAUCGAUAUGUGAUGGGGAAGUUUACCGAGCGCUGGUUCCCGCCUGCCGUCGGCGAGUUUCCAAGAAACGUUGACGAAUGGGCGACUCAGUCGUACCUAUCGAGAGAAGAUGUGGAAGUAAACGAUCUUGACUUUCAACAAGAACAGCCGCAGAUGAAUGUGAUGUUCAAGUCCCGCGCACGGCCUACCCUCCAGGCCUCCACUCCGGAAACACACUGUCCCUUCUACUGCCCCACCAACUCAUCAACCCAAGCCAGGUCCACUUCGGAACGACUGCCGAUUUCUCAUGUGUGUGUUGAUCCCAUCCAGGAGGACAUGCUGCCCGUCCUCGAAGAACCCCACUCAAACCCACCAUAAUCGUGUGGCUUCUACCCUCCUUCGUUCUCCCUCGCCCCUUCAGAUCCUAACACCGUUUCGACCUCACCACCAUUCCUGGCACCUGCGUGCAGAGCCUUCACAGAGAACCUCCUCAAACAGCUGCACGAUGCAGAGGCGGU